AUGCGAGGCUUUUUUGUGCUUUUUAAUUUGAUUUAUCUUGGCAACUGUUCGGCAAUUUUCGACAGAGCUACGAGUGGUCAUUUCGAACCGGCGCAUCAGAAACGAAGAGCACUGACAGAUCUGAUCAUGAAUCCGUGGAUGGAAGAGCAUCUUCUUGAGACCAGUCAUAAUCACCACUCUUCUAUUCGUCAACUGGAGGACUUUUUCAGCACGCUUUUCAGCUAA